CGGAGACCGAGAAUUCCAACAAUUUCUCGAGCUAACUAAAUCCGCGCAGUACUCUUUGUUGAAUAAGCUGCCAUACGCCGCACUGGUCUAGCUAKUCUUCGCACCAGUCAUGACAAGUCUUUCGGCAACGARACGGUUUUCGGUGCCAUCGCUAUCUGAACUAGUGAGAUUCGUUGUGGGUCUCUCAUUUGCAUUUUUGCUGGUCGGAAUCGAUGUUUUGAUGUCGGUCCAAUCGUUKUCGUCAUCGCCAAUGACGAUGGCAUCUUCCAAAAUACCAGAAACACCAAGCACCUCGACAAUCCAACAGCGAAGCACUUUCGUACRCCCGAGCCUCGAAGAGUCUUCAAAUACAAGUAUUCAGCUUUCAAAUGUCGAUGAUGUUGUAGACGAGAGUGUUGAAUUGAAAACACGGAGAGUAUUUGUCGGCCUUUAUGCUGCGGGCRUUGCCUCUACGUUGCUCGGGUCUAGUCCGGACAUGGCAUCGGCAAACGAACCGAUUACCUCUGUGGAUUCAACAGUGGAAGAGACGCUCUUGCAAGUACCGACGCUGGAAAUCUCGGAUGCAGCGGCUGUAGAUUGGAAUUCCAUUUUUCAAAAGGCAUCGAAACGGGCCCUUGGAGGAGGAAAGGCCGGAGCUUCUGCUGCGGUGAUUCAGGUACUGAGUCUUAUGUGGCUUCGGACGUCGAUGAACAGACAGUAUCGGUAUGGUGGUGACCUCAAAUCCAGUCUAAAAGAACUGUGGGAAGAGGGYGGAAUCCCUCGACUCUAUCAGGGGCUUCCGUUUGCAUUGGUGCAGGGUCCGUUGACCCGUUUUGGGGACACCGCUGCGAACGUUGGUAUCCUGGCACUGCUAGAGUCUAUUCCGGAGACACAAACGCUCCCACUCCCGGUAAAGACUGGAUUGGGAUCCGUUUCUGCGGGGCUGUGGCGAAUCUUUCUGAUGCCAAUCGACUCGUCGAAAACCGCGAUGCAAGUGGAAGGAAAAGAGGGCUURAAAGACUUGCUCGAACUCGUCAGAAAAGAUGGCCCGAGUCAGCUUUACAACGGCGCUCUUGCGCAGGCCGCGGCCACUGCCGCGGGUCACUUUCCGUGGUUUCUAACCUACAAUUAUGUUGACGAGCUGCUGCCUGCUGUCUCGAAGGCGGACGAUCUAUUGUUAUCAUUAGUGCGGUCGGCGGUUCUUGGACUUUGUGCAUCCUCGGUUUCCGAUGUCACUUCCAACAGCCUGCGCGUAAUCAAAACGACGAAGCAGACGGCACGGCUUGGUGGGACAAACGGAAGCGGGGUCGACGGCACUGCAGUGUCGGUUGAAAAGAAAGAAAACGACGAUCAAGACAACAGCAACGACCCUUCGUAUGCAGAAAUCGUGCAAAUGAUUAUCGAAAAGGACGGCCUCGCCGGACUUUUUGGAAGGGGGCUUAAAACUCGUUUGCUAACAAAUGCACUUCAAGGAGCCUUGUUCAGUGUGCUUUUCAAAUACUUUCAGCAGGCAUAAAGAUAGAAACGUAAUUUGAGUUGAAGGCAAUUCAUUUAUUUUUUGGUCUGGACAACCAUWUCAUCGUUAAUACUUAGAAUACUG